AGUAGCAUUAGACAAGAUUUUAGACUUUUUUGCAUCAUUAAUACUGUCGCGUGCAAUUCACCUUUCCCAACAUUUUCUCACUUUGGAAUUUUAAGUCACAUUAAGCUUAACAUAUCGAAUUUUCCGUGUGAAAUUGUUACAGUCAUAUGUGGGAUUGGCAAAGUCAGACUUACUCUCUUGAAGAAAAUGCAAGCUUAGAAAUAACCGAAUGCCUAAUGAAUGGAAUAAAUGAAAACGAAGAUCUCUCUUACAUGUUUGAUGAUGAAACUACCCCUGUUAAGGCCUGUGGAGAUUUGGCGUAUCAAGUGACUAGUUUUGAAAUUGCAGAGGAAGACUUGGAGAAACGUGGGGAACCUCCUUCACAAGUAAAAAGGCGCCGAAUGCUACAGUUUGAGUCUGAAGUUUUGGAUACACCUCUUUACAAUGACGAGGCAUUUUUAAAGUCAAAGGAAACACCAGAGUCUCUUGAAGUGGCUUCAUCUGAAAUGUCACAGUGGGUUGGCGGAUUUACAGAUACGCAUGCACCUGGUAAUGAGUGCUUGGACCCCUCAUCCGAAGUAUGGCUUGCCGAUUGCGUUAUGGAUUCGGAGAUGCAAUAUAAUUCUGAGGAUAUUUGUGUCUCAGGGGUAUCUGAUGUUCAGAUUGAUAUCACAGAGCUUUUCGACACCCCUCCUGAAUACGAAGCUAAUGCAGUCCAAAAACUUCCUGUUCGCCCUCACAAAAACAUUGUUUUCAAAGGCCGAAAAUCAUACAUGCAGACUCCUCCUAAACUAGCAUCGUCUGUCGUCUAUCCAUUUGCCUUCAUUAAACCAUGUGGCAUGCACGGAGAUGUGACUCUGAAAGACAUAAACCAGAGGAUACAUACUCCAUCAGAACCCGAGGAAAAUAAUGAAGAUCGCGCAGUUUCUUAUCCAACAUCUGCUAUUUCUGGGAAGCCUGUACUCGGGAAAACUAAAAUUCGUACUGAAGGUGGAAAAGGCAGCAUUACAAUUACGAGAACCAAAGGGUAACUAUAUUGGCGCCCUGGAGAUACUACUACUCGUUUUGAGGUGCGAAGAAACCUAGUACAAAAGCUAACUUUAAGGUCAAUCUUGUUCAAUCACUUUGUUUUCUUUUAGGAUCUUGAGCUCUAGGAGAUCCUCUAAUGUCCUUGGAUUUAAAUGUACAAAGCUUGUAUGUAUUCAUUAUUUUCUUUGCUCGAACAAUUGUAAUCCCGUGUUAUAUAUUUUGUACCGUGUUGAGAGUUGAAGACUAUGAUCUCAACUACUUUAUCGAUAUCCCAAUUUUAAUUUUAA